AGAAUUCUUUAUCACAACACCACGCGCGCUUGUCUAGUUGUGAAAUCUGUGUCCUAUGUCCUGUGCGCUGGCGUUUUUGAAAAUUUCGAAAAAAUAGUUUGUUGAAGGCGUCUGCAAAUAUAAAUACACACAUACACAUAUGCUCAUUUAGCGCGGCGGUACGGUCGAGCGGUACACAAAAAGGCAGAGUAAUACCACGCAAUCAAAUUGCAAGUCCAAGAAACAGGAAACGGAAGUCGGUAUAAAACGCGGGCCAACAGCUCCGCUUCGCAAACGGUAAACAGUUUGAACGCCGACGCCAAACCGUUUAACCCGUUUAGAGUGCGCGUAAUUCGAUUAGCAGUCCAAAAGCCAAGCAAGAAAUAAAUAAAAAAUAGAGAAGAAAAUUACAAAUAAUUAACCGACGGCAUUCGGUAACUACUUGGGCAACAUUUUUUUACUGUGAUUUUUUUCUCAGUUCCGUCGCGUUUCACAAAAAAUUCGCAUUCAAUUGAUGAACUAGCCAACGGCGAAGAGAAUUAAAUACAAGUGCAGUGCAUACCAUCGAUCGAAGAAUCAAAGCCAAUAUAUAAGUAGAAAGAAAUAUAGUUUAGGGCGCAGUUGAGCGGGCCCAGUGCAUUCGAUAUUUGUUGAUGUCCUGCAUGCAGGACACGUGCUAAGGCUGUCACAGUAAGUGCUUCAAAAUUUACUCGCCAACCACUUUCGACGCCUCCAGGGCGUUCAAGCUGGAGGAGGAUUUCGUCGGCGGCUGCAUGACAAUGUCGAUGUACUCGACGACGGAUAAAAUGAAAAUGUCAGCGCCCAGUUGUUUUCCAGGACGCUACAGUCCCUCCUAUCGAAGUUCGGAGCAAAUGCGUCGCUGCAUGCCAAAUCCAUCUAUUCACAUCUCAUCAUCCUGCGAUUCUCUCGAGAGUCGUUUGUUAGAAGAUGCUUCCCUAUUAUGCAAUUCGUGGUCAGCACGUCAGAAUGGUGAUAUCUUCGCGGGCAUCAACGAUGGAAUCCUCAGCAGAGCGGAGGCCCUGGCCGCCGUCGACAUCCAGAAGCACCAAGCCCAGCAUGUACAUAGCCAAAUGCCCUCCCAAAUCAAGCACGACGUCAUGUACCACCAUCACUCCAUGAGUGGGCCUCCCCAGCGUCCGUUGCAGGAAAAUCCUUUUUCUCGACAGAUGCACCACUCGAUGGACCAACUGGACAUGCUGGAUCCGACGGGCUCGAUGACCACACUGGCGCCCAUCUCGGAGUCGCCGCUGACGCCCACACACCAACACCUGCACGGUUCCUAUCACAGCAUGAAUCACAUGAUGAGCCACCACCAUCCGGGCACGUUAAGUGGCCACACGGGGGGACAUCAUGGACACUCGGCGGUACAUCAUCCUGUUAUCACGGCGGCGGUGGCUGCCGCUGGCCUGCAUCCCGACACAGAUACCGAUCCUCGCGAGCUGGAGGCGUUUGCGGAGCGCUUCAAGCAGCGGCGCAUCAAGCUGGGUGUCACGCAGGCGGACGUGGGCAAAGCCCUGGCCAAUCUCAAGUUACCUGGCGUCGGAGCGCUGUCGCAGAGCACGAUCUGUCGAUUCGAGAGCCUGACCCUGUCCCACAACAAUAUGAUCGCCCUCAAGCCCAUCCUGCAGGCGUGGCUCGAGGAGGCCGAGGCGCAGGCGAAAAACAAGCGGCGCGAUCCGGAUGCGCCCAGUGUCCUGCCGGCGGGCGAAAAGAAAAGAAAAAGGACUUCCAUUGCGGCACCUGAAAAGCGUUCUCUGGAAGCCUACUUCGCCGUCCAGCCGAGGCCAUCCGGUGAGAAAAUCGCAGCGAUUGCCGAAAAGCUGGAUUUGAAGAAAAACGUGGUGCGCGUCUGGUUCUGCAAUCAACGUCAAAAACAAAAACGUAUAGUUAGUAGUGUAACACCAUCAAUGACUGGCCACGGUUCGGCGGGAUUUGGAUACUGAUAGUCGUUUAUGACGGCAGCGGCGGCGGUUAACACGGCAGCGGCAGCGGCGGCAGGAGCGGCACAUGCGACAUUGGGAACGGCGGCGGCGGCGGCGGCGGCGACAUCGGCCUGUCUGGGCGACUAUUAUCUGUAGUUCUGUAUCGGCAACUGGUUCUGAACCGAUCCAAACCGAUACCGAUACCGAUACCGAUCCCGAUCCUGGUCCUGCUCCUGAUCCUCGUACAUACAUGUAGUAUUCUUCGCAACGGCAGCAACACCCCCACAACCACCACCUCCACCACCACCAUCACCACCAUCACAACCAUCACAACCACAAGGGCAACCACAACGAUAACGACAACCAUAAUAACCACGACGAUGACCACUUCUCUCUACGUCUUUCACUCAGUAAUCAACCAGCAGCGGCCAGAAAUAAUACUAAUAAUAAUAAAAGCAGCAUUUCACAGAACUAUAACAUUUAUAUACACCUUCUCCUCAACUAUAUAUGUAUAUCCCCCGAUUCUUAAGCCCCCCUCCUACGAUCAAUCAGAAAUAGAGAGAGAGAGCGAGAGAGAAUGAGUGUGAGAGAGAGAGAAAGCUAAACCCCCAACCGAGAGCCCAAAAAUCGAAAUGGAGAACACCCGAGCAUUAUCCAAGUAAACAUCGUUUGCAAAUAACACAACCAAUGAGAAUGCAAAUUGAAUACCAAGAAAUACAAGAAUUUUUUUAGGAACGAAUAAUGAAACAAUGGACCAACAUAUCAAAUGCAAUAAUUUAUUGAAUUGUAUAAGAAAAAAAGGAAGAAAAAAACGAGCAAAAAGCGGUGAACAAAUUGAAAUGAUAAAUCAAUUGAACACGGGCCUUCCCCUCCAAAACGAGAAACCCCAACUGCUACUGCCCAACAACAAGGAUACACAGGACAUCACACGCACACACUGCUACACAACUAAACACACACACACACACACAGACAGACAGACACUCACACACACAGAUACAAAUACAGUGACAGAGAGACACACAAAGACCAAAAGAAUGCCAAGAAAUUGCUUCAAGUGAUCCGAUAAUAAGAAUCUAAGCUUAUAAAUCUAAGGAAAAGGCAAAAUGAAUGUGGACGAGCUGGGGUAGAAGAAAAGGUAGAAGCCAUGGACAACGGCGGCGGCAACAUGAGUUCCAUGUUGCAUGCAGCAUGCAGCCAGCAGCACUAGCAACCACCACCACACUGACAAAACCCUCGCACACAUGCCCCAAAAAACAGAAGCGCUAUGCAUUAGCCACUGUAUAUACGCUAUAUAUACAUACCUAUAUAGGAUUCGAUUGUAAAUACCGCAGCUAUAUAUGCAACACCCACAUCGCCC